AUGUUCGGGAUGGCGGUGGAGGCAGUGACGACCGUGGUGGCGAUGGCGGUGGCCGGGUGGUUGCUAUUUGGAGCUGAGGGUAGGCAGCCAGUGUUGCAUAGAGUUGGAGGAGGAAAAUAUACUUGGACAACUAAUAUUAACUUCACUGAUUGGUCAAUUCAUGAGCACUUUUAUGUUGGUGAUUGGCUUUAUUUUGGGUUCGAUAAACAUAUCUACAACGUGUUGGAAGUGAACAAAACGAGCUACGAGAGUUGCAACGAUAAGGGUUUCAUUUUCAACCUAACGAGGGGAGGAAGAGAUGUGUUCAAUCUAACAGAAGCAAAAACAUACUACUUUCUAAGUGGAAGAGGGUUUUGCUUUCAAGGAAUGAAAGUUGCUGUCUUUGUUGAAGAAUCUCCUCCCAUAGUUUCACCACCCAAUUUACCCAAUUUACCCAAUCAUUCUCCAUCUUUACAACCAUUAAUAUUCCCCUUUCUCCCUCUUGCUAUUCAUCAAUAUUUCUAUGACUAA